CCGCCGCCUCCCCCCCGGCCGCCGCCAUGUUGGAUGGUGCGUGUGGGUGUCAAACCCAGCCAGAGGCGGCGGCGGCCGCGCACCGGGACACCCCCCCCGCUCCUCCCGAGGCCCUUUCCCCGCUCCUCCCGCACCUUCCGCACGCCGCGUCAGGUCAUGAUUUUCAUUUUCUCGUGUCAUUCUCUUGAAGAGAGGAAAUGAUUGUAGUGGAACGUGUUACAAAUCAGCCACUGAUACGGAGCCUUUGCAGUUCAGGAACGUUCACAGAAGAGCAAAUAUAGCCCUUUUUUGUUUGUUUGUUUGUGUUCUGGAACCUGUCUUGUUAAAAAGGGAAAUAAAAAUGACGACUUCGUCUAUUAGGCGGCAGAUGAAGAACAUUGUGAACAAUUAUUCAGAGGCCGAAAUAAAAGUUCGGGAAGCGACCUCUAAUGACCCUUGGGGUCCCUCCAGUUCAUUAAUGACUGAAAUAGCAGAUCUGACUUACAAUGUUGUGGCCUUUUCUGAAAUUAUGAGCAUGAUCUGGAAACGACUGAACGAUCAUGGCAAGAACUGGCGACACGUGUACAAGGCCCUUACUCUGUUAGAUUACCUGAUUAAAACUGGGUCUGAGAGAGUGGCACAGCAGUGUAAAGAGAAUAUUUUUGCUAUCCAGACGUUGAAAGAUUUUCAGUAUAUUGAUCGAGAUGGUAAAGACCAGGGCAUCAAUGUGAGGGAGAAAUCCAAGCAGCUGGUGUCCCUUCUGAAGGAUGAUGAGCGACUCAAGACAGAGAGGGCCCAAGCCCUGAAGACCAAAGAACGCAUGGCUCAGGUGGCCACUGGAGUGGGUAGCAACCAGAUCACCUUUGGCCGAGGCUCCAGUCAGCCAAACCUCUCCACCAGCUACUCAGAGCAAGAAUAUGGAAAGUCUGGAGGAUCCCCAGCAUCUUACCAUGGCUCUACAUCCCCUCGAGUUUCCUCAGAGCUCGAGCAGGCCCGGCCUCAGACAAGUGGAGAAGAGGAGCUCCAACUGCAGCUUGCGUUGGCCAUGAGCCGGGAAGUGGCGGAGCAGGUCAGUUCCCGUGAGGAGCGCCUCAGACGCGGAGAUGAUCUGAGAUUACAGAUGGCUCUGGAGGAGAGUCGCAGAGACACAGUUAAAAUUCCCAAAAAGAAGGAGCAUACCACUUUAUUGGACCUAAUGGAUGCCCUGCCCUCGUCGGCACCAGCCCCCCAGAAAACAGAGCCUUGGGGACCCCCCCCUGCUGUUGCAAACCAGACUGAUCCCUGGGGAGGAUCCACAGUUGCAGCUACUGCCUCUGACCCAUGGCAAUCCUUUGGUGCCAAACCAGCUGCUUCCGUUGACCCUUGGGCAGCACCAGCAGGAUCCACAGCUCAACCUCUGUCCAAAAAUGUUGACCCUUGGGCUCCUGCUCAGCCAUCUUCUACUGCAGCAAAGUCUUCUGUGGAUCCCUGGGGACCAGCACCUGCAAACAAACCCCUCUCUAGUUCUGGAAGUACAUCUUUUGACCUCUUCAGUAAUUUGAAUGGUACAGUUAAAGAUGAUUUUUCUGAAUUUGACACACUUCGAACUUCCAAAAAGCCAGCUGAAUCAGGUUCCACUUUGCCAUCUCAGCAUAGCGGUACCACAAGUCCCGAUCUCUUUGAUUCCCAGCACUCCAGCAUGACAUCAGGCAAACAAAGUGCAGCUCGGAAAACCCCCGAGUCCUUUUUGGGCCCCAACGCUGCUUUGGUGAACCUGGACUCACUGGUGUCCAAGCCACCACAACCUGUUACUUCACUGAAUCCAUUCUUGGCACCAGGAGCUGCUACAGCACCAACUCCAAUCAACCCUUUCCAAGUUAUUCAGCCUCAGCCACUCACUCUGAACCAGAUGAGAGCCAGUCCUGUGAUGGGAACCAGCCCUUCCUUCAGCGCCGUGCCACCGAUCAGCAUGGAGCCAAUACCUCUGUCUUCCGUGGCCCCAGUACCUGUGGGAAUGGCACCCAUCCCAGCCAUGGGCACUGUGGCCCCUAUAACACGGAUGGGCCAGGGGCUGAACGUGAGCAUUGCAGGAUCAAUGACCCAACCUCUUCACAGUACGGGAAUCCCUCCCUCAGCAUCCCAGUCUACAAGUACAACUAACCCUUUUCUCCUAUAAAGACCCAAUUAAAGGAACUUUCUUUUCAUAGUGUUUCCAGGCUGAAGUCUUUACAGCGAAACAAACGUGGCCUGUGUGGACUGAAGGGUGUGUGAGAGACUUGGAAGUAGAUUUGCAGUUUACAGUUAUGAUCUUUGAAGAGUUGUCUCUACUUACCAGUUAAUCUAAAUCUAGUCUUUGCUACAGAUGGUACCUUACUUUGGCUUGUUGAGCAUUAUGUGAAAUGUUCAGACUUUUCACCAAAGUUAGAUUCUGCCCAUUUUGUUACUUUGUUAAUCAUUUCAAUACACUUUUUAGGGAGAACCUGCCAUUUUAAACUGCGUUGGCUAUUUUGUAGAUGUCAGAUGGUGUGCUGGAUCCUGAAAUUACUAUUUACCUGCAUCUGUCACUUCCUAUGCCCAUAUGAUAAACCUGAGAUUCAGAGUGCUAGUGAAUGUUUUGCACAUAACUAUACACAGUUCUAGACUGUUGGUUCACCCAUAGUCCUUACUCUUAGAAGAGAACAAUUUGGAGGGCCCAGGUGGCUGGUUUUUUAUGCAUUAAACAUUGCAACGCAGAAUCGCACUGCUUUCCUCUCAGAGGUGUGACUGAGAAAGCAAGCUUGUCUCAAAAGGAAACAAAGCAGACAACAAAACAAAACAAAACAAAACCACCCCAAGAACAUUCUCAAGUUGUCAAGUAUAAUGUGUGCUGUUGUAUGCAGUGUUGAAUUUGUACACUACUCUCUAAGGACUCCUGAGGAACUCUCUGUGAGUGGCAUGCUGCACUCGUGCUGGGUGAGUGUCCUGCUCUGUGCUUGUCCAGUACCAGCUUCGUUUGGAAGUUAUGUGUAUUUUGUUUUUAUUUGACUUACAAUGUGAGUUGAAAGAAAAAAAAGAAAAAAAAGAAAAAAAAAAAAAAAAAGAAAUACAGUGGGACAACUUUGAAUUCAGUUUCACCGGGGCAAGCUUUAAAACUAAUUCAGGCUUAACCUUGCUAUAUGCAGUUACUCUUGUAUACUUUUGCACAUAUUUUGUUUAGUACAGUUUCAUAUUUGAGUUUGCAGAGUUACCUAAUAGUCCUUUUUUUGCUAAUUUUUAUAAUGUGGUUCUUAUUUAACUGUCUGGUUUUGAUAGAUUUAUCAAGUCUGGCUGAAAAAUUAAGAUAUUGGCGAAUGUCAUUUUUAUGGUUUUAAUGCCCUCUUUAUUUAUGGUUUUAGCUCUUUGUUUCUGUAAAGAGAGUUUAAAAGGGAAGAUUAACACUAAACUAUUUACUUUUAAAUGAAGUAUUCAUAAUGCAAAUCGAACACAAAUCCUCGUGACUAGUUAUUUUUAGAUGACUUGAAUUUGAGCAUAACGUGAUUUAAGACUACAUUAAAAAGAGAAAACACUAAAGUUGCCUUUCCCUUGAUUUGUUCCCAUUUCCUGAGUCCCAAAACAGACAGACCUGUAGCCUUUGUGAAGAGACCAGAAGAGAGGUGUUGUUCUUUUUUUUUUUUUUUUUUUUCCUUGUAAUACUUCUCGAGAUGUUUAAAAACUUUCAAUGUACAAUGACUCAUUAAUUUUAUUGACUAAUUUUCUUUUCUUAAUGAAAGGUGCACUCCAUAUUAAUAACUGAUCCCAUUUACAGCUGUUAAUUGUAAGCUGAACUGUACAUUUUAACUUGCAUGUCUGGACUCAUCAGCACUAAACCACGCUCAGGUUUCAGCCAGGGUUUCUGGUGGGGACCUGGCCUUGGCAAAGACAGCAACGUUUGAGCUCUGCUUUCCUGAGAAAACUUCUGCAGAGCAUGUGGAAAGGGAUGUCCCUGUGCUUGCUCCUGCCUCCAGGGCAUCUCUCUGAAUGAACUGAUGCAUCUUGGUGACCUUUCCCUAAUUAGAAGAAAGUGGGGUGGGGGGGGGGAAAAACCAACCAACCCAACAAAGAAGCUGAAAGAAGUUGCCAGAGUCGUGUGUUCUGAUGUGGUGAUGCUGCGUGGGGCUGUGCCACAGGAGAGAGGGGCUGCCUAACAUGGGAGGGUCUGCGUUCUACCUUUUGGUGGGUAGGGGAGGCUGAAAGACUAUCAAAUCUAGGGUACAAUCACAGAUUUUAGCUGUGUAGGUCAGUGUAGCUCUAUUAGUAUACGGAAUGCUAAAUGUGUGGAUGUUUCUCUGCAGAUUGUUCUGUCCUCUUGAAUACUCUUGAGUUUGCAAGUAGGAUUCAUCUGCUCUUGUUUCUAUAUAGGAGGAAGGAGAAUUGAUGUCCACACCCAGUAUGUCUUUAAGAAAACAAAACAUUCAUGUUGCCUUUCAGAGUAAGGAAAAAUACUUUACUUUUUUGUUGUUGUUGAAGUUAUUGAAAAGUGUAGACCAGGAAGGGUGUGAUCCUUGCAGAUGGGGGGGGGGGGGGGGAUGGUGAAAAGUGCUUUCCAAUUGAUCUGUGGCAAGAUUUAUCAUUAUUUUUUCCAAUUUAAUUUUGUCAGCAGUGGAACUGAGGUCGCUUGAUGGUUUGUUUGUUUUUUUUUUUUUCCCCUGAGUCUGUCACCUAAAUACAUUUGCAACAGUUAAGUGGGGCAUUGUCAGUUCAACCAAAAAGUUCUGACUGCGUCCUCUGGUUUAUCACUAGGUAACUGGUUUUAGAGGCAAGAUUGGGGUGAGAGUAAGUAUUUAAAAGAGGUGAAGCCAUCUACAGUUCAGAGUCACAACCUGUCACCAGGGAUUGAUAAACAUGGUGCUGUUGGUCUGGUAGGAAGCCCUAAGCUUAAUGAAACUGCUGAAUGGCAAAUUGUUGGUUUUUUCCAAGCCACUUCUGUAAGAGCUGUAGUACUUUUACAUGAUAUAUAUAUAUAUAUAAAUAGACAUAUAUCGCACAAUAAAGGAUGGUGUGGCACUCUGAAGAGCAAUCAGCCCAACCCCUGGGGCUGUCAAGCAUCAGGAUACGGAGUUACUGUGCCAAGAGGCCCAGCCUGACACGGGGGGGGGUUGUGGCAGGAGCUGAGUUGAAGAUAAUAAGCAGCAGGUUUGGUAAAUCUCCUUGGUUCCUGGGCUGGGAACGAGCCCCUGGCUCCAGCUGGAGCAGUGAGGCUGGACAGGGAUUGCUGUCCCAGCCCCAGGUGAAGCUUCAGUUGUGUCCAGAGUGGUAAAAACUCAUUCCUUGAUAAUUUAUCUGCUCUCCAGAAUAAUUCUUCCUCCCUCCUCACCCUCCCACUGUUCUUUUUUUCUUUUUUUUCCAUGGAGGACGUGUGUGUAUCCGAUCACAUCUGCUCUGGCAUGUUUCUCCAAAUGUAUUUUCCCUCUUCCCCUUCUUUUCUCACUUGCAAAUCUUAAAAAGUGCUUUUGAUUUUUAAAAUGUUAGUAAUCCCAAAAUAGCCUUACUGGUCAAAUUGACCAAAGAUAAAGUGUUAAAUAAAUAUUUUGUAAAAAAAAAAAUUAAAAAAAAAAAAUCUUGGCAUAAUUUUAAACCCAAAAUAAGCUCAGUUAUUUAUUCAGUUUUAUACUAUACAGAAACUUAAACUACACUGAGGGGACAGAGAAGGAAAACCAUGGUGGGCUGUGGUGUUUACAGUCUAUUUGAAGUCCCGUAGCUAAGACAACUAUUGUUAUCCAUCUUCCCUUUUGCUGUUACAGUUUCUAACGUGUACUGUAUGUAUUAAUAUUGCACAAAUUGUGGAGAAAUAUAUGGUUUAUUUUUCACAGCAGAAUCUCACAAGACUCGCUUCCUUUACAAGUGUUACAAUUUAAAUAUUUACCAAACUGUUUUCAUAAUACUGGGAGCCGGCUGCUUUUUAUGAAUUUGUGCUGACUAUUGACAUUAUUUACUGUAUAAAUAAUUUAUCAUUUGUACUAUUGUAUCAUAAUACCUGUAUCUUUGUGUCAUUUUUCCCAAGCCGAUGUCACAAGCGUGAUAUUUAAUAAUGCCAUCAGAACAGUGGAAAGACAAAGGGGUUUGUAGGUGACUGGUCAGAAUUAAAAUUGUAUUGCUUAUAUUCCAGCCGUGUUGCUUUGUCCAGACUCUGCAUAGUGGUUAUGAUCCCAUUCAAAAAACAAACAAACAAAAAGAGCACCAAAACCUCUUGCUGCCAUCGUUUAAUUUUCAAGUCAGUUGAUGGUUUGGUUGAGGUGCUUGAAGGUGUGUGCUCCAAGUCCAAGGUGCCAGGAGAAAUCUGACUGUUCCUGAGAGUGAUGCUUCUUGUGUCUUGUAGAUGUGGUUUCUUGGAUGCUUUCCUCACUUCCCUGGGGCAGGGCUGUUCUUGCUGGGAGAAAGGAGGCUUUCUUAUGGAUCCCUGAAAUCAGAGUCAGUUGAGACCCUGCUAACUCAAUAAAACUGAAGACUCGUUGUGUUGCA